GUUCUACAUUAUUCUGGCACGCAGUAGACAUGAACUUGCUUAUGUAACUGACAUUAGAUUACUGACCCAAUGAAUUUGUUUUCAAUGACAUCGACUGAAUGUGGUCAGCAUAGCAGAGAGGUGGUGUCGGGAAGGUGGUUGACACGCCUUCAUAUCUUUGAGAUGAUCGAAAGCGUGUCACGCAGAGCGUUGAGUGGCUCCAGUGGGAGCUACCACGUUCGUGGUGCUGAAUUAGCAAGGAAUCGUAGAUUGAAAUCUCUGUCUGCCACUGUUGUUUUUCUCGAUGAUACACAACACACGUUUCAGCUAGAUAAGAGGGCAAAAGGUCAAGCAUUAUUGGAUUUGGUAUUUCAACAUUUAGAACUUGUUGAGAAAGACUAUUUUGGUUUACAAUAUGCAGAAAAUGGAGCGACAGCUUGUACAUAUUCUCCAGAUGUAAUGAGGUGGUUAGAUCCUUCCAAACCAGUUAAAAAGCAGAUAAGAAGUAAGGGUGGGCAGUUUUAUUUCAGGGUAAAAUUUUAUGUAUCAGAUCCUAGCAAAUUGCAAGAGGAGUAUACCAGGUAUCAAUUUUACUUGCAAAUACGAAGAGACAUUCUUCAAGGAAAACUUCAGUUACCACCAAGUACAGCAUGUCUUAUUGCCAGCUACACCGUUCAAUCUGAGUUAGGUGACUAUCAUCCUGAAGAACAUGGUGCAGGAUAUCUGUCUAGGCUGCAGCUUAUACCAGGUCAGACCGAGGAAAUGGAGAAAAAGAUAGCUGAAUUACAUAAACUUCAUAAGGGUCAGUUACCGGCCGAUGCAGAAUUCAAUUUUCUAGAUCAUGCAAAGAGGUUAGAUAUGUAUGGAGUAGAAUUACACAAAGCAAGAGAUUCAACAAAUAAAGAAAUACAAUUGGGCGUAACGUCUAUAGGUUUAGUCGUAUUUCAGAAUGGAAUCAAAAUCAAUGUGUUCUCAUGGUCGAAAAUAGUUAAAAUAUCAUUUAAGCGAAAACAAUUUUUCAUUCAACUUAGGAGAGAACAGUCAGAAAACUACGAUACAUUACUGGGAUUCAACAUGCAGACAUAUCGUAGUUCUAAAAAUUUAUGGAAAGCAUGCGUGGAGCAUCACACGUUCUUCAGGCUGCAUAGUCCCAAAAUGAGGCCGAGACGCUUUCCUCUUACCUUAAGCAGUAGGUUUACUUAUUCAGGACGUACAGAAUUCCAGACAGUCGAAGACGGAAAACACAGAGCGAGAGUAGAAAGAACAUUUAUACGAUCUCCUAGUAAAAGAUUGGUACACGGAGUCACAUCGGCUCCGCUUAUAGACGACAAAGGAAAAUUAUCUGUACUUCCUGGAAGACCUCCAAGACCAUACGAUAACAAAGUUCAAUCUCUUGGUGCUCGCGAACCUCGCCAAGCAUGGGGCGAGGGCAAUCCUAGCGAUGACGAGGGUGGUUUCUUAUCCCUUCGAGAUGAAAUAUCAGGUUCACAUACACAAGGCAACGCAUUUUCUCCCGUAUUAGGGUCUAGAGUCUUAAGUUAUGCAGACGAUGAUACAACUGCUGAAAGAAAUAUUUAUGAUUUACCAGAUUAUAGUGAACCUACCAGUUCACCUGCCCCUCAGAUUGUAGAAGAUGGAUUGGUGUCGAUAACUCUAACACCAGAUGAACAGGGUCGGUUUGGAUUCAAUGUGAAAGGUGGUUUGGACCUUGACAUGCCUAUUUUAGUGUCUAGGGUGGCUCCGAACACACCCGCUGAUCGUUGCUAUCCAAAGCUAAACGAAGGAGAUCAGGUAGUCUACAUCAAUGGAAUUGACGUGAGUGGAUUAUUGCACGAGCAUGUAGUACAUCUGAUUCGUAAAUCCCGCGAUUCUGGUUCCGGUGAGCUGACAUUAACUGUUAGGCCAAAUGCUCUGUACAAUGCACUAGCUGGUACCGAUGAAACGUCUGAAGAGGAACCACCGUAUAGAUAUGUACCGGAUGCGCCUCAUGCGGCGAUUGGAUCAGAUGCAUUAGCACAGUCGAUGUUGCUUCUCGCCGAUGGUCUUGCGAGUGGUGCUCUAAUCGCUCAGUACGAGCAGCUGUACCGAAAGAAUCCCGAGCUUACUUCUCUGGAAUCCAAGAAGCCUGAAAAUCAAAAUAAAAAUCGUUAUCGAGAUAUCUCGCCGUAUGAUGUUACUCGAGUAAUACUUAUGGGUUCCUCGAACGGUGAUUAUAUUAACGCUAACUACGUGAACAUGGAGAUCCCUGGAUCGGGAAUUAUCAAUAGAUACAUUGCUACACAAGGACCAUUAUCAACUACCGUCGCUGAUUUUUGGCAGAUGGUUUUAGAGGCAGGCAGCACUCUUGUUGUCAUGCUAACAACCCUUGUUGAGCGCGGUAGAGCAAAAUGCCAUCAGUAUUGGCCCGCUCUUAACGAGACUCUCACGUUACGAAAUCUCACGCUCACUUCUACGGUUGAAAACGUCGAAGAAACUUUCAUAUUUAGGGAAUUUAUACUCCGUGAUAUAAACACUGGAGAAGAAAGAGAUAUUACACAUAUGCAAUACUGUAGUUGGCCCGAUCAUGGAGUACCCAGUGAUUGGAGACAGUUCACAACUUUUACCGAGAGAGUGAGGGCAGCUCGAACAGGAAUAGUAGAACCUGCUGUAGUUCAUUGUUCUGCCGGGAUUGGUAGAACAGGUGUUUUAGUAUUAAUGGAAACGGCACUGUGUCUUAUUGAAGCGAAUCAACCGGUGUAUCCGUUAGACAUUGUGCGUUCUAUGAGAGAUCAAAGGGCGAUGAUGAUACAAAAUGCUAGUCAGUAUAGAUUCGUGUGCGAAGCAGUGCAUAAGGCUUACAGCGAAGGAAUAGCUAAACCACUUCCCGAGUUCAGCAGGUGAAAAGAAGAGGAGUAGAAACGCAUUGUAAUUUACCAUGUUUCUUACAUUUUCGUAAGAGAAAGGCAUCACAUCAUUAGAUGAUAAUUUUAUACUCAGACAAUAAUAUGCACAUAUAUUAUUGAUUAGUAGAGAAGAUAUAUUGAUAUUUAUGGUAGGUGGUUUCUAUCUUCUCGCGAAUCAAUUUUCAUAUAGAACAUCAUUUAAUAGAUACGAAGGAACAUAUAAUUUUGGCAUCCUUAGUUCGACGAAAGAUCUUGAAGUUGAUCAAAGUUCUCGUUUGGACGAACGUUUGUAAAUAAUGCGAUCUUGACGAAGUAAGUUUACUAAUUUAUAUUUAAGCUGGAAAACGUAUUAUUUAAAAUGAUUUUCUAUUGUAGUUUAAUAAUUGAAUAUCAUUACUAAUUUCGGCUACCAUGUGAGGAAUGGGAUGCGGAAAUACGAAAAAGUUCGAUUCUAGGAAGUUUAUUGUGCUCUAAUUGCGAAGAUCAAAUUCAUUUCAUCAAAAAGAAUCAUCGUUUCAUUCGACUCCGUAGGGUACUAUUUUUCAGAUUGUUAUCGGGAGAUAAUAAUAGUGCAAAUGCGACCACACUCAUGAAAUUAAGCAUAACGCCUUAAGAUCUAUAAAUGUUAAUUGGAAUGUUGAGAACAAAUUGUUAGAAUUACUGGAGGUGUCAAUAUAGAAAUAUUGCCUUGAAGACAACCGCGAGAUGAGAUGUUACAAAGUAAUUAAGCGCAGAAUUAAAAGAAAUGGUAAAGUCUAUAGUUAAUCUAUUUCAAUAAGCUACAGAAUGUAAUUUUAUAAAAUGAAACCGUAAGACACGAUUUUUGAAUCUUUAAACGUUUUCAUAUAAUUUCGAGAUAAGCGUAUUAGUCGUAAAUACUGCUUGGCCAUAAAAUAAUUGAAAGUAUUGCCAUCUUCGAUCAAAUUACCAAUAUUUCAUUAUAUCUAAUAGCUGAAAGUAGCACGUAUGCUCGUGUAAUGGAUAAAAAAAUUUUUUUUUUAACUCGUAGCGACCCGUUUCUACUAUUAACUUAUGGCUAAGUAUCAUAUUCUACUUAUAACGAACGUAACAAUUUCUAAUAUCGUAUAAACAGUGUACAGUUUAGAUUUUAUUGAACAAAAAAAAAGGAACGGACUAAUCUAAAUGGCAGAUAUACUAUUGAAGUAUUAAAGUUUACGCUCGUUUCGCGAGCAAAGUGCAAAUAUAAUUGUAAAGAGAACUGUUUGAAACCGAAAAUGGUAGUGUUCGAAUUUUGGACGUAGUUCAAAUUAGUUUGCGAGUAAGGUCGAUAGUAAGAACGUAGAAUGAAAUCAAAAACAGUGAUGUAAAAUGUGCUACGAAGUAAUCUAUCUUGAGAAGAUGCCUCUUCAAGAAUCAUUGACGUCCUUUAAACGUUCUAUGAAUGUUAAGAAAACGUACUAUUUUUUUAUAAGUGUAUAAUGUGUUCUACUUUCCGCCCAUUUUUCGCAAUGCCCAAAUAUCUUUGUGUCUUGCAUACGUAAAACCUUUACGAAAAUUGAACAGUCUGGUUAACUGAGUUUUUGGUACUUCAAAUUUAUCGCAAAAGUAUCUUUCACGCACAAAACAUAUGAAUCCGGAAAGACUUUGAAUUAGAGAUGAAGACUUUUCUUUUUAUUAAUUAAAAAAAAACCGUACAUUCAUAUUGUUUGAUGCAAUACAAUUCCUCUUCAAAUCACAAAUAAUAAUUAUAUGCACAAAGAAAAAUAGAACAACGGAAAUUAAAUUGAAACAAAAUUGUAUUUACUUCUUUGUGUCUGUCAUCAAAUAUUUAUAUAAACGUGGAUAUCAUUUAACAAAGAAUGCAACACAUAAAUUAUUUGCGUGUAGGAUAUAUAAUAUCGUAUUACAAACACGUUGCCAUUUUUGUAUGUACAUAUACAUGUAUAUUGUAAUCCUUUGCGGUUCUUUAAAGUAUUAAUUAUGUGUAAGUGUCCAUUUUCAUCGUCCUAACUUACUUUUAAAAUAUUGAUAAAUACCAGUGAUUAGAUUACCAGUGUCGCAAAUACAAAAUAUACGCAUCUCGUACAAUUUUGUUCGAAUCUUUAGAAAUACGAAUCGAAGAGAUUGGAAAUGUAGACAUAUUGGUGCAAAAUGAUUUUUUAUUAUGAAUAAGACUGGACUGCAAAGGGGGGGACGGGGGUCGUCAUUUCGUUGUUAAAUAUUUUCGAUGAUAAAUACAUAAGGAUUGGGUGAAUCUGUUAGGCAUAUCAUAACAGUAAGUAGUAAAAGCACAAUGCCGUUUUGAUAUCUUUUGUGUCUUUAAUAAUGAUAUUUAUCUAAAUUAUUGACAAUAGUGCCUUCUACGUGCAACCAGACCACAGUUACAAGGCGAGAAUUCACAGUCUCGACGACUGUUACAUUUUAGCAGCUUCACUCGAUGCAGUUAUAUUAACAAUUUCAUUUUAAAUUAACAUUGAGUUUCUGUAUAUUAUUUGUAUAAUUGUUCAUAAUUUUUUUUUAUAAUUUAUCUGUCAACAAUUAUGUAAAUAUAUUUACGUUUCAUUGUAAUUCCUAUUUCAUAAACCAUGAUUUCAUACAGGUCACGCAACUAUUUAUUUACAAUUAUUAUUGUAUUAUUAACGAUACAAUAACAUUAUAAAUAGCAGUAAUUAUAAGUGUAAUCAAUCGCUUACAUUUCAAGCUGUAACCGGUAACUCACGAACGAUUACAUCAAUAGAUAUAAACCGAUGAAAAUAUCACAACCAUACAAAUGUUUUAUCCGAGAUACAGAUAUAAAUUAAAUUGUUUAAGUAGCACCUUAGAUCUUACGUUCUAACGCAUAUAUGAUAUUAAACACUGGACUCUGUUUGAACAAAUACAAAGAUAAUGUAAUACAGUGAUGUAAUCAAAAGAAAUGAUUCUGAUCAAUUCAGAAUUAAUGUUUAAGAACAUUGUUUCUACACAAUAGGUGCAAAAUACAGCGAAGUACGUGAAAUAUAUAUAUCAAGAAAAACGCGAGAAACAUUCUUUUGUAAAUCUCAUAGAAAACAUUAACAAUACAUUUAUGAAAAUAGAUAUUGUAUUCACACUGCAUUUUUAAAGAAUAUGUAUUCCGCGUAGUAUUCAUUUGACAUAAUUCAUUAAAGCAAAACAUUCGAAUUCACUCUCAUUCUUCGUGUGUACAUAAAAACAGUACAAAGAAUAUUGAAUAGUUUAUUGAAAUAUUGAGAAGCUAUAUUCAAUGAUAUUCAGCUGCAUACGUGCCAAACGAUACCACACAAAAUAAAUGCUAAUUAUAAAUAAAGUGCCACAAAAAUAUUCAUAAUACAGUCAGUAGUUGUCUAGUCUCAAUACUAAUUUGUACUUCAAAAAUAUAAAAUAAAAACAUUUUAUAGUA